AUGUCGCUCUCUCGCGCCUUCACCACCCGCAAGAACAAGCUCAGCGGGCAUCAUGAUCUUGCCGACAUGACCAAGUCGCCUCAGCGCAGCAACUCGGCCCGCGACCGACACCACCUCCCGAUUCUGCGCCACAAGAUCUCUGGCCCCAUCCAGCUCAUUCACACCACCAACAUGCUCUCCUACAACGCCCCCGACAUCCCGCAAGCCCUCCGCAGCAAGUCUUCUCUCCGAUCUGAAGACUCCAACUCUGAGGCGCCCUCGACUGCCGAAUCGACACCGCCGACAAGCCCCGAUGUCUCACCCGUGGAGGAUUGCUCUGGCCCCGAGCCGAACCACCUGUCAACCUACUUCAUGGUCUCAGACAACAAGCCCGUCGUGACGCUGCCCAAGAUCGCUGAAGCUCCCGCCAUCCCCAAGCGAUCGCCCUCUCACACCAAGCAGAACUCAUACGAGGCCAUUGCCCGUCAACGAUCCGUCUCGCGCAUGUCCAAGGAUUCUGAGCACUCCGUGUCGACAAAGGCCAGCUUCACCUUCUCACGAUCAUCCUCCACCUCGACCCGAGCCUCAUCAGCCUCUUACGCCUCUGCCGGCCAGACCCAGAAACCUGCAGCAAAGCCUGCGCCCGCACCAGUGGCUGCCCCUGCUCCUCCGCCUUCCUUCCAGCAGCGAACUCCCCUUAAGGACUCACACCCGUUCGGUCAAGAGUUAGCACAGGUGACUGAGCUCGCCGAGGAGUACAGCGCCAAGACAUCAAACACCAAGGACGACGAGGAGGACUUGAAAUACAUCAAGUCCAAUGGCCUCCACAAAUUCACCGCCGAAGACUACCUGGGCGAUGUCCAAAGUCUCCUGUCCAGCUUCUUCCCAGAGGUGUCACACGCCAAGCCAACAACACCCCUAUGGAUCUAG